AUGAACUUGACGCAGAACGCUGAGAAAGUAGCCUUGCUUCACCAACAAGGUUCUCAACAAGCAGAGUUGUUGAGAGAACAAGGUGCUCAACAGUUUGAACUGUUGAGACAGCAGCAGGCUGCUGCUGGCGGGUCGAUGCACUCGCGUCGGCCCGAGACUUUGAAGAUUGACAUCUCAAAGUAUAUGGGGGUCGAAGAAGACUCCCUCUUGAGAUGGUUCGUCGAAUUGGAUGACGCCAUAAGGGCGCGUCGCAUCGACGACGGGGAUAUGCAAGUUGCAUUUGCCCAGUCAAAUCUGGCAGGACGUGCCAAGACUUGGGCACUGGGGCUCAAGCUGCACGACCCAUACGCGUUUGGGUCGUUGGAAGUCUUCAAGUCGCGGCUCAGACAAACGUUUGAACCGCCUAGAGCUGAGUUCAGAGCUCGAACCGAACUCUUGAAGCUCAAGCAGGGUAAGCGUGAUGUGCACGCUUACGCUCAACAUAUACGACAUCUCACGAGUUGUAUAAGUUCCAAUCCGGUGGAUGAACACACGUUGGUUUCGGUGUUCAUGCAGGGUCUUGCGGAUGGUCCCGUCAAGACUCACCUGUUCCGGCUUGAACUAGAUUCACUAGAACAAGCCAUUUCCAUUGCGGAGCAGGAAGACUUCAGUCUGAGACAGGCUCGCGCCAGCUCGACAUCAUAUCGUCAACCGAGACGAUAUGACAACGGAGGAAUCCAGAGCCGAUGGAACUCUGUUAUGUAG